AUGUUGGGCCGAUUGCUCAGUACGGCUGCAUCCAGCCUGAAUCCAGCCACAUACACUUCACGAAGUCAUGGCCCUCCUUUAGAAUCGGUGACUGAAGAGGAACACACGUCCGGUUUAUUGUUCCCAGACGCUAGUCUUCUCCGUCGGUCCAAUGCCAAUACGUUUCCUUUGCAAGCAACAUUUCAUUCGCCAAAUGCCUCGACAGCGGGCGCGUUUGAUGAUCGUGGUGGGAUGGAGCUAGAUUUCAUGAAAGAUUUUCGCGUCAUUGUGGCUCAAAAUGGACUGGGAGACCGCGAUGCAUGCAUUUUACUAGACACACGUGCUUCUGAAGACCAGCCUCCAACAGGCCUUGGGAUUGACUCUCAUGGGGUCGAUCAACCGAGUGCGCGGCAUUCUCGCACCGUCUCCAGCCUCACUCGAGGCUCCCGCCGAACCCACCUAGCCCAAUCCUCCGUCGCUGAAUCCAGCCCUCUGUCAACUGCUGAUUCACGGCGAACGACACCUGCAAGUCCCGGCGCCUUCUCCCGAGCUCGUGGCCGGAGUUCCACUCUAGCACCCGCGGGAACGUGGCAUGAACCUGGGGUUACCCGCCAUGGCUCCGACUCCAACGAUUCAGGUUUGAUCAAUUGCAUCUUUGGUAGCAGCUCUUUCUCCUACGGUACCUCAACCAAAAUGCACAUCAUGUCCGCUGAUGACGACUCGGGGAUGGUGACCAACUCUUCUCCCGCGGUUCGAAGUCCGCUAGCUCGCGCUUACACAACCGGAAGCUCCGCUGGCCCGAUGGGGUCUCCACGAGUCCCUGAAUCAAAGCCCCCUGCGAAGGUCACGGUUCUAGUGACGCGGAUGUUCAGCGUCAGCAUACUGGAAGGUGCCGACGUAUCCACUGAGCGGACUGAAACUGCGAAUGGUAUUUAUCAAGAGUCUCUCCCAGAGAUGGGCUUUCCGUUUCCAGAUGUCUCCAAGCAAAAGAAGAUCAAGGAAAAGAAGACCCCUAUGUACGCAGUUGCAAUCACAAUUCAAGUCCCUCUGCUUGCUCGAGGCUCGGGACGACCUAUGUCCCGGUUCAGCACUCUUGGCCUUGACUCCCCACGACAUGGUUUGUCGAGCUCCUUGGAUUCGAAUUACCGCUGGCCUGGGGCAUUCCUGGAAGAUAGCCUGUCCACUGCAUCACCUCCCGCCAGCCUGGACGAGCGACUCGACCUUCUAGUUGACCACUGGGAUGUCAUAACUAGGACGUUGUCCCACCUGGAAAGACUCGCUAAGAACGAGAUUCUGUUUCUAUUGAAGAAGGUGGAUUCUCUUACGGGGACCCAUCCGAAACCGGCGAAGCCUCCCAACAUGCAGAGGACGAAUCAGACGAGUGUUCAUUUGCCGGCUAAUAUUCUGUCUGUCAAUUCCAAACUCAAGGAGGAAGCAUUUCGCUGCACGCGCCGAAUUGGGUUGGCUUUGCAAAGCCCCUAUGUUCUAACCGGGCAAAGUCGAUGGGGGGUGUGGCGUGAAGAAGGGCGCUCAAUCGUUCGCGCCUUGGGCGAUAAAGACUCCAAUUUCUUCUUUCUGGUGUUGCUGACUGCAUUUUUGGGCAAUCACACAGAAUGGCUGAAUGUUAUCGGGCCUGAAUGGUAUCGCCGACGUCACAGCCAGCAGCAAAAGGCUCGGCAGGACAUAGAUCCUGUCUUGACCCAUCGAACUGUGAUUGUUUGCCCCGACAAAAUGACUGCGCGUCGCCUCAUUUUCCUGCUUUCUGCUUUCAUCCCCUCCAAGCAACGAUUGGAACCCUUGCCGUCCCCCAUGCGGCCUGGCACAUCGACUUCCAUGCGUGCGGUUUCUCAAAGCCCGCCUACCGUGCCAGUCCUUCGACAAGAAUCACUACGUAGAGCGAUUGAACGACGUGCUCGCGCACAGCGCCUCAUGUCCGGCGAUGGUGAUCACCACCGUCGGUCCGUUAGUGUGUCCUCGCAAGAUGUCCCUUCGCGGCCGUCAGAAAUGACCGAUGCAAUGAAUUUUGUACCGUCCACUGCCGCGGCUCGGCGUGGGUCAGAUGCACGUUCUAUAAAGACGUUGAGUGCAACAAUUCAACCUAAGGAUGUGCGGGCACAGAAUACCAGUGGUGCCACGAUCUCCAUGACAACUCAAAGUAGCACAGUCCCCGUGCCCCAUUUCACUUCACAGCAAAGUCGCUCGAGCCAGGGAGGAUCUGACCGCAAUGUCGCAGAUGCCAAUGAAAGCCUCGCAUCGGAGACCUUGCUGAAAAAUCUACAGCGGAGUGAUAGCUCAUUCUCAGCCGCCAACGGUAGUCUUCCGACAACCGGAGGGCGCUGGGGUGGGAUUUUCUCAGGUCUUUGGAGCUCUCGACAUGAGUCCUCUACUGAUGGACCUGAUUACUAUUCUCCAGCAGAGGCUCGUAAACGUUCUGUAUCCACUGUGUCGGGAAUACCUCCUCGGGCGCCGCCCACUCUCUCCCAGAUGGUGAAAGAGGUUACUGAGACUGAGGCGGAGCAUCAGCGCACGGCCGCGCCGAGCGAAAACAUCACCAUUCCAGCCAGUAAUCAUGGCAAUGAUAAGGAUUCUCCCGAGCCGUCAUCUCUCACAAGCCAGGUUCGGGAGUCACCUCUUAAACUUUCCGUUCGUGCAGACGAGGGUGUGGUGGAUGUCGAUCUACCUCUCCCGGGGUUCCUAUCACUUUCAUCUUCUGGAGAUUCCACCAUUGCUUCUCCUAGAAAAACUCGAGCAUCGGUAACGAGUAUGGAUGCCAUGGCCUCCACCCACAGCAGUGGGUCCGGGUUCCAUGGCACUGCAAAGGAAGCUGACGGCCCCAGCACUCAUGUCGCAGGAUGGCUCAAGCAUUUCCAUGAAGAUUUUUCGCUUCAAGCUGUUCGGCCUUACAACGCCAUCGAGGCUGAUAUUAGAAGAGCGAUGCGAGCGGAGCCGACGCCAAACAUUGCGUCGAGUCCUGAUGCGGAAGGCGCAGAGAAGUGGGUAGAUGUAGCAUCAACAUUGAUUGCCGACACCCGAAGCUCUUCCGUCAAGCUUCUUAAGCUGCGCCGCAAGAUCGUCAUUGGGCAACCAUAUGGACACUCACCUCCGUCGCCCGUCAGCGCCCUUUAUACAGGGGGCAAUCGCCAGCCAGGCGGCAGUGCAAGCUCUGGCCCCCAGUUCUCUGGUUCUUAUGCAAACCAAGGGAAGUCUCCGGACGUGCCUUUCCCAGAAACCUAUGUGCCAACGCAUGUGGAGGAGAAAUUUGUUGAGGAACCCGUCAUGGACCUGGACGGAAUUCUCGUGGAUGCUGUGGAGCGGGUGCUUGGCCAGAGUGGCUCCUCAUCACUUGCCCACUCUCGGGCGCCCUCUCCAUCGCGGGCUCGCCGUGGGGAAGAAAAGCCCCAAACAACGUCUCGGAGCGAAGAAACUCCUCCCAUAGAAGUGCCGCGGGCUGAAUGCCGCAAGAUCAUUCUGGGAGCUCUCGAGGAAGUUGUUCGGAUGGUUACCAUGGAACACUGCCAGGAAGACUCAGAUGUGGGGAUAGGCGUUGCCGACCGCGAGCAAAGAAGAGCACUGGCAGGUGCUGAUAACUUCCUGCGUCAAGGGAUUCGGCGAUGGCUACUUGAGGUAGAGGAAUGUUGGUGA